GACCCGGCGCGGGCGCAGGGGGCGGGGCGCAGCGGGUGCGCGCGGGCGCUGUCGCGGCGCUGCUCAGGGUCGCCAUGGCGGAGGUGCAGCAACUCCGAGUGCAGGAGGCUGUGGACGCCAUGGUGAAAAGUGUGGAGAGAGAGAACAUUCGGAAGAUGCAGGGCCUUAUGUUCCGGUGCAGUGCCAACUGCUGUGAGGACAGCCAAGCAACUAUGCAGCAGGUGCACCAGUGCAUCGAGCGCUGCCAUGCUCCUCUAGCUCAAGCCCAGGCCUUGGUCACCAACGAGCUGGAAAGGUUCCAGGAUCGCCUGGCCCGGUGCACCAUGCACUGCAAUGACAAAGCCAAAGACUCGAUGGAUGCAGGAAAUAAGGAGGUGCAAGUGAAGCGACAGCUGGACAGCUGUGUGUCCAAGUGUGUGGAUGACCACAUGCACCUCAUCCCAACAAUGACCAAGAAGAUGAAAGAGUCUCUGUCGUCCAUCGGGAAAUAAAAUUGUUUGCCAGUGACCAUUGAGGCUGAGGGCAGGCUAUUUAAGAGGAAGAAUGGCAGUUUAGUGGGUUAAGCAAUGUUUAUGGAUGAGGAAAACUCAGGACACAGAAAGUUCCAGGCAUAUGCCUCUCACCGCCCGAUACUGGUUCCAUUACAUCUGGAUUUUAGAAGGUGAAGUGGAAAGAAGCUGGUGCUAAAAUUUGGAUAACAGAUAGCACACAGGAGAAUUCUAGCUCCUAAACGUUCGUGUGCAAGUGCUUGUUCUAUAAUAGAGAUGUCCUUGUACCAAGGGCUUAGAUUCCUACUGCACAGACAUCCAAGCUGGCAGCUUUCCUCAACCUGCUGGUAAAGUUUGAGGAGAGUGUGUGUGUUGCCAAGCUCCUGUUUACCACAAGUGUCACCACACCACCUUGCUGUGAAGCAAAACCCAGCGAACUAAUAAUUUAGAGGGAGGAAAAGGUUUCCUUCCCAGACCUUUAUUUUGCUUGGUUUUGUCUUAUGUGCAAGGGCACAACAUGGAUUUAAGAUACAGGAGGGAGAAUAAUUUCAGUAAGUUCUAAAGAUUCCUUGUAUUUUCUGGCCAUCACGAUGGGAAUAUCCUUUUCUUCAAUUCUGUCGUUGUGGAAGCCCCUGAAGAAGCCAGGUGGUGUCACACUGUGUGUGGAAACAGCCUCCUUCACUGACUCCUGCAGCCAAGUGAUACAUCCCCAUGAAGAGGGUUUGACAGUCACUUAUGUACCAGUAGCUGAGAUUAAACAGUAAAAUAGGAACUGUUGAGAAGUACUGGACUUGAGAAAACCUAGAUUUCACAGAAUGGAAGUCCAAACCCAGUAUUACUCAGCCUCCUGAAUUCACAGAGCCUUAUAGAGGUAAUCCCCUAACAACAAGGAGUCCUAAAAGUAAGCACCUUGUUAUCAGAUGCCAUUUUUGCCUGGGACUUUGUAGUGCAGCGUUACUGGCCCAACAUGUCACCUAUCUUUUGGAUAAGUAUACUAUGUUGUAUUUAUACCAAUUACUUGAAACAAUGAUUUACCUGUCUGUUUGCUGUGUCAAGCCUGCAAUAUAUUUUCCAAGUGGUUUGGUUUUUAAAUAAAGUUUCAUUGUGUCCAA